AUGGCUUCCUAUGGUAUUGUGCUAGGGCAUUUAGUUUCUGCAAAAGGAAUUGAGGUAGAUAAAGCUAAGGUGGAUGUUAUUGCUAACCUCCGCUAUCCGACAUGUAAGGAUGUUCCCUUAGAGUUUGAUAAAAAGUGUCAAGAGGCUUUCGACACUUUAAAGGAGAAGCUGACCACUAACCCAAUUUUGCAACCUCCAAGGUACCUAAUGACCAAGAAGGAUUCGAAACCUCGAUUGGUCCGUUCGAUGCUCCUUCUCCAAGAGUUCAAUUUGACGAUCAAAGACAGAAAGGGAGCAGAAAACUUGGUAGCUGACCAUUUGAGCAGGAUAGUACAAGAAGAAGACCCCAUACCCCUACGUGAGGACUUUCCAGAUGAGUUUCUGUUCCAUAUCAACACACCCACUCCAUGGUACACAAACAUGGUUAAUUUCCUAGUAACAGGAAAAAUAGAGUACGGGGUUGACAUCAUGGGUCCUUUUCCUUCUUCAUUUGGCUACUUAUACAUUCUUUUAGCAGUUGACUAUGUUUCGAAAUUUACUAUACCUUGUGCUAUAAUCAGUGACCAGGGUACUCAUUUUUGCAACCGGACCAUCGAGGCAUUCAUGAGGAAAUAUGGAGUACACCAUUGUGUUGCCACUCUGUAUCACCCUCAGAUGAACAGACAAGCUGAAAUAUCAAAUCGAGAGUUGGCCCAGGGAGGAGUCGCUCAAGUUAAGGCUUGUGAAGCCUGUGGAGUAGUUGGGCAGGCAUCUGAAGCAUGUACUCAAGCACAAGUAAAUGUAUUUGGGAUUUACAAGAGGAAAUAA